UUGACAGCAGUUUGCGGCGGACGAACAGCGCCGCUGCCGCAAACGGAGCGACUCUCACUCACAGUCAGCCCGAGUUUGGAUAUUUUUCGGAGGGAAUUUCGGAGCGAGAAAACAGGGGGGGAAAAGGCCGGAGAACAGCCGCAGAAGUCGGUUCGUGUGGGCGGAAUGGCGGACCGGGACCCGGUGCCUCUUCCUGCGGAGGUUCGGGCUAAACUGGCCGAGCUCGAGCUGGAGUUGUCGGAGGGUGAUAUCACACAGAAGGGCUAUGAAAAGAAGCGAACCAAGCUGAUUGGAGCUUUUUUCCCACAAGCACCAGGGAUGGACCCGUCCAUGGGGCAGGAGCGGAGAACGCCGGUCACCCCGUCCUCGUCGUCACGGUACCACCGCCGACGGUCCUCUGGGUCCAGAGACGAACGCUACCGAUCAGACGUGCACACGGAGGCGGUGCAGGCGGCGCUGGCCAAGCACAAAGAGAGGAAGAUGGCGGUGCCGAUGCCUUCGAAGCGGCGGUCGCUGGUGGUCCAGACGUCGAUGGAUGCCUACACACCACCAGACACCUCCUCAGGUUCAGAGGGCGAAGGUCAGGGUGACGGCGAAGAAGAGGAAGGAGGAGAUGGUGAAGAAGAGGACGGAGGCGGCGGCGGAGGGACGUCGUCGAGCCGCGAGGGGAGCAUCAGCAUGGAGCACUGGAUCAGCCGGGCCAUCCACGGCACCUCCUCCACCACGACCACCACCUCCUCCACCGCCUCCUCAUCCUCCUCCUCCACCCGCAGCGGAGGCAGCGGGGCGGCCGGAGGCAGACUGGCUGACGUCCUGGCCCAACACGUCCACAUCUCCGCCCACCACCACCACCUCCGACACCACCAUCACCACCACCACCACCACCACCAUAAGUCAGGCCUGUUGAGCCACCUCUCCUUGAGGAGGCGGAGGAGGUCGGUACCAGCUGGUUUGGUAGAAAAUGGGAACUCUGGGCGCCGGAGCUCCGUCGAGAACCACUCGGCCCCUCCUGACGUCACCGGCUACACCACCACCACCGACGGCAUCCAGGUGGAGAGGGCCCCGGGUGCCGGCUCCACCACCCAGAAACAGACGCCCAAGUAUGGGAACGCAGAGCUGAUGGAGACCGGAGAUGGCGUUCCCGUCAGCAGCAGAGUUUCAGCCAAGAUUCAACAACUGGUCAACACUCUGAAGAGACCCAAACGGCCGCCGCUCAGGGAGUUCUUCGUGGAUGACUUUGAGGAGCUCCUGGAAGUCCAGCAGCCGGACCCCAACCAGCCCAAGGCCGAGGGGGCCCAAAUGGUGGCCAUGAGGGGCGAGCAGCUGGGCGUGGUCACCAACUGGCCGCCGUCGCUGGAGGCCGCCCUGCAGAGGUGGGGCACCAUCUCCCCAAAGGCGCCGUGUCUCACCACCAUGGACACCAACGGGAAGCCGCUCUACGUGCUCACCUACGGUAAACUGUGGUCCAGGAGUGUGAAGGUGGCCUACAACCUGUUACACAAACUGGGAACCAAACAGGAACCACUGGUCAGACCUGGAGACCGGGUGGCGCUGGUCUUCCCCAACAACGACCCGGCGGCGUUUAUGACGGCAUUCUACGGCUGCCUCUUGGCCGAGGUCGUCCCUGUGCCAAUAGAAGUACCGCUGACCAGGAAGGACGCUGGCAGUCAGCAAAUCGGCUUCCUGUUGGGCAGCUGUGGAGUAACGGUGGCUCUGACCAGCGACGCCUGCCAUAAAGGAUUACCCAAGAGUCCCACCGGAGAAAUCCCACAGUUCAAAGGCUGGCCCAAAGUCCUGUGGUUCGUCACAGAGUCCAAACACCUAUCCAAACCUCCACGAGACUGGUUCCCACAUAUCAAGGACGCCAACCAGGACACGGCCUACAUUGAGUAUAAGACGUGUAAGGACGGCAGUGUCCUAGGCGUGACGGUGAUGAGGAUAGCCAUGCUCACACACUGCCAGGCCCUCACUCAGUCCUGCUCAUACACAGAAGCUGAGACCAUAGUGAAUGUAUUAGACUUCAAGAAGGAUGUGGGACUGUGGCACGCCGUCCUCACAAGUGUGAUGAACAUGAUGCAUGUCAUCAGUAUUCCCUAUGCCCUGAUGAAGGUCAACCCUUUGUCCUGGAUCCAGAAAGUCUGCCAGUAUAAAGCUAAGGUGGCCUGUGUGAAGUCGCGGGACAUGCACUGGGCUCUGGUGGCCCACCGGGACCAGCGAGACGUCAACUUGAGCUCCCUGCGCAUGCUGGUGGUCGCCGAUGGAGCCAAUCCCUGGUCAAUCUCGUCCUGUGAUGCUUUCCUCAACGUCUUCCAGACCAAAGGCUUGAAGCCAGAGGUCAUCUGUCCCUGUGCCAGCUCCCCCGAGGCCCUGACCGUCGCCAUACGGAGGCCGUUGGAGGAGGGCAGCACCCCCCCUGGUCGCGGCGUGUUGUCCAUGCAGGGUCUGAGCCACGGCGUGAUCCGGGUCGACUCGGAGGAGAAGCUGUCGGUCCUGACGCUGCAGGACGUCGGCUCCGUCAUGCCCGGAGCCAUGAUGUGUGUGGUGAAGCCUGAAGGAGUUCCUCAACUCUGUAAGACCGAUGAGAUCGGUGAGCUGUGUGUUUGUACCGUUGCCACGGGAACCUCCUACUAUGGUCUGGCUGGUAUGACCAAGAACACUUUCGAGGUCUUCCCUACGUCCAACAAUGGAGCUCCCAUUAGUGAGUUUCCCUUCACCAGGACCGGUCUGCUGGGCUUCAUCGGACCUGCAGGCCUCAUCUUUGUGGCAGGGAAGAUGGACGGUCUGAUGGUGGUCGGCAGCCGUCGGCACAACGCUGAUGAUAUAGUCGCUACGGCGCUUGCAGUAGAACCCAUGAAGUUUGUCUACAGAGGCAGGAUAGCAGUGUUCUCCAUCACGGUGCUUCAUGAUGAGAGGAUCGUGGUUGUGGCUGAGCAGCGGCCAGACGCCACUGAGGAGGACAGCUUCCAGUGGAUGAGCCGAGUCCUGCAGGCGAUAGACGGUAUCCACCAGGUGGGGGUCUACUGCCUGGCUCUGGUCACCUCCAACACCCUGCCCAAGACCCCCCUGGGUGGCAUCCACCUAUCAGAGACCAAGCAGCUGUUCCUGGAGGGGGCGCUGCACCCCUGCAACGUACUAAUGUGUCCUCACACCUGUGUCACCAACCUGCCCAAACCACGGCAGAAACAACCAGAGAUCGGGCCUGCGUCCGUGAUGGUGGGGAACCUGGUGUCGGGGAAGCGGAUCGCCCAGGCCAGCGGCAGAGACCUGGGCCAGAUCGAGGACAAUGACCAGGCAAGGAAGUUCCUCUUCCUGUCGGAGGUGUUACAGUGGCGAGCCCAGUCCACUCCAGACCACAUCCUCUACACUCUGCUCAACUCCAGGGGUACAAUAGCCAGCUCUCUGACAUGUGUUCAGCUGCAUAAGAGAGCAGAGAAAAUCGCCGGGAUGCUGGCUGAGCGGGGCCACCUACAGGACGGAGACCACGUGGCACUGGUCUACCCUCCAGGUAUCGACCUCAUUGUGGCGUUUUACGGCUGCCUUUACGCCGGCUGUGUCCCAAUCACCGUACGACCGCCUCAUCCCCAGAACAUCGGCACCACGCUGCCCACCGUCAAGAUGAUCGUGGAGGUCAGUCGGUCAGUGUGUGUGAUGACCACACAGCUCAUCUCCAAGCUGCUGAGGUCCAAGGAAGCCACAGCUGCCGUGGACUUUCGGACCUGGCCUCCGGUCCUGGACACAGACGAUUUGCCAAAGAAGAAACCUCCUCUGCUGUAUAAACCGUCCAACCCUGACAUGUUGGCCUACCUGGACUUCAGCGUGUCCACCACCGGGAUGCUCGCUGGAGUCAAGAUGUCUCACACAGCAACGAGUGCCUUCUGCAGAUCAAUCAAGCUGCAGUGUGAGCUUUACCCGUCCAGAGAGGUCGCCAUCUGUCUGGACCCGUACUGCGGCCUCGGCUUCGUCCUCUGGUGCCUUUGCAGUGUGUACUCAGGUCACCAGUCCAUCCUGAUUCCUCCGUCGGAGCUGGAGGUGAACCCUGCUCUGUGGCUGUCGGCCGUCAGUCAGUACAAAGUGCGCGACACCUUCUGCUCCUACAGCGUCAUGGAGCUGUGCACCAAAGGCCUGGGUCUGCAGACCGACGCCCUGAAGUCUCGGGGUCUGGACCUGUCCCGGGUCAGGACCUGUGUGGUGGUGGCAGAGGAGCGUCCCCGGAUCGCCCUGACCCAGUCCUUCUCCAAACUCUUCAAGGACCUGGGCCUCCACCCUCGGGCCGUCAGCACCUCGUUCGGCUGCAGGGUCAACCUGGCCAUCUGCCUCCAGCCUCACAGGCUGGGGAAACUUGCCGAUCAGGGAACCUCAGGACCCGACCCCACGACAGUGUUCGUGGACAUGAGGGCGCUACGACACGACAGGGUCAGACUGGUAGAGAGGGGGUCACCACACAGUCUACCACUGAUGGAGUCUGGGAAGAUUUUACCGGGCGUCAGAAUCAUCAUUGCAAACCCUGAGACAAAGGGACCAAUGGGAGAGUCGCAUCUGGGCGAGAUCUGGGUUCACAGUGGACACAACGCCAGUGGAUACUUCACGGUCUACGGAGACGAGGCCCUCCAGUCAGACCACUUCAGCUCCAGACUCAGCUUCGGAGACACUCAGACCGUCUGGGCUCGGACCGGGUACCUGGGUUUCCUCCGCAGGACCGAACUGACCGACGCUAGUGGAGAGCGCCAUGACGCCUUGUAUGUGGUGGGGGCUCUGGAGGAGGCAAUGGAGCUGAGGGGGAUGAGGUACCACCCCAUCGACAUCGAGACGUCCGUCAUCAGGACACACAAGAGCAUCACAGAGUGCGCUGUGUUCACGUGGACCAACCUGCUGGUGGUGGUGGUGGAGCUGGACGGGUCGGAGCAGGAGGCCCUGGACCUGGUUCCUCUGGUCACCAAUGUGGUUCUGGAGGAGCACUACUUAAUUGUGGGCGUGGUGGUGGUCGUCGACAUUGGCGUCAUCCCCAUCAACUCCCGUGGCGAGAAGCAGCGGAUGCACCUGCGCGACGGCUUCCUGGCCGAUCAGCUGGACCCCAUCUACGUGGCCUACAACAUGUAGGAGACAAGCUGCUCCUGGACCAGAACCGGACCGGCUUCGUCUCUCAGGCUCGUUGCUGUCGUACCGACUGUUUACUGAAACCUGGAGGAAAAGGACAAUCUAUGAAAGACUCUGGCUUUUAAACUUUGUGUGCUCACUUUCCUCUUAAGUAUUGGCUUUUUUUUUUUUUUUUUUUUUUUUUAAACACAUCCUUUAAAACUUUAGGCUAUUUUUUGAAACGGAUAUUUACACAAAAACAAACUGGCAGAAAUAUUUACGUUUUUACAAUGUCAGCGGUUACAAAAUGUGUGAUACGUUUUGAUACAAGGCCGGAGUCGAAGGUACGACACUUUUGUUACAUGUUCAGCUUUGUUUUUGUUACUUUUUUUUUAAUUUUCUGAACAAACCGUCCCGUCUGUAGGAAAAUCAGCACUAGUUUUCAUCAACUAACAGCUGCAGCCUUUAACUCCGUUGUUUUUCUGUUCAAACAUCCAUUCAUAUCAUGUAAGUAUGUACAAAAUAAAACUGAUUUAAUUUAUUUUGUUUCUCUUUUAGAAGUAUAUGACGAGACGUUCAAGAAUGUUCUGCUCUUGAAUAUUUGCUAAUAUAAAAAAACCCAACAAAAAGCAUUGUAUUAACUUGAGUGAAACAAUCACAUCAAGCAUAUUAUGGAAAGUAUAAGACGAUAGAUUCUAUUAAAGAUGAGUACAGGAUUCACCUGAUGGUUUUUGAUCUGUACGUCGGUCUGAAACAUCAGAUGAAGGAAAAGCUUCAUUCCAUUUUUUUCCACAUAAAGGUUUUUUCUAUUUCCAAUUAUAUCAGUCAAGAAGGUUUUAAUAGUUUUUAUCUCCAGAAGCUGAAAUCCUUCCGUUAAAUGAGUAAGAAGUUUCCUCAAAUGACUAAGUAAUCAAGUUUCUGAUCACUGCUGUCAGUUCAGACAAUACAUGAUACAAAAGAAAAGCCUCAGACAAUAUUUUUUCAACUGAAGAAAAAUAUGAAUCAUUUAAUUUAACGUACAAGUAGAGUAAAAUAUGGUUUAAUUUAGUAAACGAAUGUUCAACCUGUGCUGCUAAGUGAAAAAGAAACUAAAACCUGUAUGUUUUUUGGUAAUACACUGAUUUUCUUUGAAUCAAAUUCUGUUUCCAUCUUUAUCUGGAGAAUAAAUCUCAGAUCUUAUGAUCAGGCUUUGCCUUUUAAUCAACCAAAAGUAAUUCUAUGUAUAAGAAUGAAGUUGUCAGAAUUUGUUAUUUCUCACUAAAUCAACCUUUAAACCUCAGCCAUUACAAAAUCUUGUGCGUUUAAAUAAUUAACAUGAUAAAAAUGGCUAAAACUUAAACAUGCAAGCCAUAAUAAUAGUAAACAUUUUAAAAUCAAUUAAAAAAUAAUUUUUAAAGGGAUUAAAGUUUUAACAGCCAAAGUUAUUUCUUUGUAGCAAUAAUUGGUUGAAAGUCAUAUAUUAGGUUUCAAUACAAUAUUUCACAUCUGAAAAGUGUUUAAAGCUUUUUUUUAUUAGACUGAAGUACUGCCAAAUCAGGAAAUCUUUUUCCAAUUUUUCCAGUUACUUUUUACUCCAUUAAAGUUAAUUUGUGGACAUUGAUUAGAUACAUUAUUAAAUAAGACUUAAAAAUCACACUAAAUGCAUCCUAUAUUACAAUUAAUUGAUCAUUUUCAUCUGCUGACAUCUAGUGGUUAAAAGGGGAAACUACAACAAACCAAAGAAGAACCAUGGUUUUAAUUAGAUUCUGUUUCAUUUUAUUCUGUUUAAACACGUUAAAAGUGAGAGUGUGGUAUGUUUUUACUUGACUGGAAUGAAGCUCUUCCCUCCAACCGACAGCAGAACUGGAUUUGAUUUUGUUUUGUUUGACUUUAGUGUUUUAUUUGGUUCGAACGCCGGUGAAUCGUCAACACACAGCAGCAGGAUUCUGUAAAUAUUAAAGUCCUUCAUAUUUUUACAUGACAGAUCAAUCAGGGCUCAUACAUGAUGUCACGACAUGAUCACAGAGACCCUUUAAAGACCUGUGGGGAGGUCAAAGGUCACAGCAAGACCACCUGUAGGAGUCGAAUGUUUGGAGGAUCUUAUUUUGGAAAAAGAAAAAAAGCACUUUGAUCACUGUUCGUUCCUCUGUCUCUUAUCAGCAAAUGUCGCCUGUUUUUUUUUUUUUAUGUCUUAUUUGAGUUGACAUGAAUAAAUAUUUCAACAAUUUUGACAAUAAAAAUAA